AUGACGGCAAGAACGCGACAAAUCUUGUUCCUAAUCGCCUUUCUAUGCAGCAGUAUAAGAGUGUCCUCAUUAGAAGGCGUUGAGCGGAACACCAACGAAGAAGAAGGAGGAGCCAAAAAGAAAGCUUGGGGUGCCAAAACCAUUGACGAUCAAACCAACAAUGGCAGUGAGAAUGUUCAACAACCGCAACAACAACAACCGACUCUCAAUCCACAAAAUACGGGAGCCUUUGGAAUGGGGGGAACUCAGAGCACCUACACAAAGUUAUACGAACCUCCGCAAGGCUUUCGAAUAACUUCUAGAGUCUACACGGAUCCAGAAGAUAAAUUGGCUCACUUUGAUAAUGAAACCUCAAUUACCCUACCGUUUUGGGAAUGUGGCGUCUCCGGUUCGACCACGGUACCCAUUCCCCUGCAACACGGGACGGUUCGACAUUUGCUUGGGGGAAGUCAACCCAACAUGUACAGCGGGGAAGAAUUCGGACCGCAUCCACAAUUAGUCAUUGCCAUGACGCCCUUGGAGGUGGAAUUGAAUUCAGGCUCGAAGAAAGUCUUUCAAGCCGGCGACAUUAUCCUGUUGGAGGACGUGCUCAGUGGCGGACACAAACUCAAGGGUCAUGAUCACAAAGACAUGACAGUCAUGAUUCUGACGCUGCCCCGAAACUAUCAUCAUUUGGGAAAAGAAAAGACCAGUUUGGACCAUUUACUGAAAAAAGACUACAAGAAAAAUCCGUGCAAGACUGAACUGGAGAAACAAGAGAAUGGAAAUGUUGUGGCCCACAAAAUGGGAGACGCCAUUCGCUCCCUCCGACCGCAAUUAUCCGAAGGCGCCAUACGGAGGACCAUAUUGACGUCUGUCGGGCUUACUUUAUCCACCAUUGCUGGUGAUUUUAUGGGAAAGGUGGCGCCCUUGUGGUUGGCAGUCCUCUUUGGAGGUGGCUGCUUUGUGACGGGUGGUACUGUUGCCUUUGUACGCAUUGGCGAAUUUGGAAUCAACGAAUUGGAAAUGUGGCGAGAAAGAAAGCAACUGCAAAUAAAUGGUAGCGAUUUGAGGAAAGUCCAGGAGCAAACGGGAGGAGGGAAGGAUGAGGAAGGGGAAGCAGGAGACGGGGAAGAACAAGAGAUACCGAAAGAUAGUGUAUCGUCAUAG